AUGGGCAAAUCCAUAGACGAUUUGCGAAAGAGGGGCAAACACUUGUAUGAAAAUGGAAAAUACCGUGAGGCGAAGGUUGUUUAUGAGGAAAUUCUAACACACGAACGGGUGGAUGAUCGUUCAACUGUGCUAUCCAACAUCGCUUUGUGUUUAUUCAAUGUAGAUGAAUUUUUAGAAUGUGUAAUGAAGUGUCAAGAGGCGUUGGACGUGGAUCCUUUCAACUAUAAAGCGGCCUACAGGUUAAUGUUGGCCAGAGAAAAACUUGGCCAAAUAGAUUUGGCACUUGAGGCUGGAAAGAAAUGUGUCCAAAUUGCCAAGGAUGAAAAACACCAUUUACCUUUACUCGCCCGACUCACACGAAAAUGGGAGGGCUAUUUGCAAAGUCUCAAAAAUUUACUAGAGUCACAGACCAUUGACACGAAGGAUCUAGUGAAAUUGUUGGAGUUGGUAGAUCCACAGGAUGUAGAUUCUGAACUAUUCAUACGAGUAAUAAAGGCAUCACAUGGUUUGGAUAAGGCUACAAAGAUUAAAUGCUGGAAUUUUGUUUUCAAAUGUUCAGCAUCAAAUGGACAUUUGGAUGAUUUACUCGACUAUUUAAAACGCUGUAGCCAAUUGAACGACUUGCUGUCUGACGUUGACAUAUCGCAAAUUAUUUUAUCAAUGCUUCAUACAUGUCAUUUUGAAAAUUCCACUUUUUGGUGGCUCAUGAUUAAGUCAAUAGGGUACAAGCACCUGAUUGAAUGCGUGUUUACAUGUGUCACAAAUGCCAGUCAGAAUAAAGUGACCAAAAGUACAGGCCACUGGGUGCAGGAAAUCCACGUGUUAUUUGAACAUUUGUAUAACUUGAUUGAUGAAUACCCAGUGUCGGUUAAGCCCGCGUUGAUUGCCUUGCUAAAACAUGAUGCAUUUUCAAUUGAUAUGUUGAAGCUUUUAUUCAAUGAAGAUAUCACUAGGACAUGGAUCGUGUGUAUGGACUCGUUGUUCCUGGCUAAAAGAGAUGUGGCCAGAGAGAUAAUGUGUGGAAACUCCUUUGUCAAGCAAAUACUAGCCACCGACGACAUCACUAGAGAACAUAUAUUGCUAUUAUCAAAAUGUGCAGAUUUUACAGAGAUGCGAAAGGAAAUAUUGGAGGAUGUGGAGGGGUUGACAAGGUUAGUUAAAAAGUUUGGUCCUAAAUCGUAUGUUAUCAUUGGUAAAUUGCUAAUUCACAGCAAAGAGGUGGAGCAGGAGAUAUCUUCCAGAGUAAGAAUAAAGGAUGACUUCAUAAGCCUGUUGGAAAUGGAUUUUGAGGAUGAACUGGUGCUACAGUCACUAGUGUUAAUCUCUCUACACAAAGAUAGCAAAAAUGCAUUUUUGAGGUGCGAUACUAAGAAACUUGUAAGUAUGGCUUCUAAGAUGGAAACGCGCUUUCAGCGAUUUUUAUUCACAUCAUUUUUAUUAAACCUAUCCAUGGGAGAGGAUGAUAGGAAGGAAAUGGACACAAUCAUGCGUAGUAAGGAUAUUUCUUAUGAGCAAGCUGAUAUGCUUGGAAAUAUAUACAACCAACUGCCUGAACUGGCCAAGAGCAUAGAGAAUGACUACUUUAUUUUGGGUUCACAAUCCACAGCUUAUGAGGUUUCCAAACAAAUAAUUACAUAUGAUUCAGGUAUUAUGCUGAAAAUUAUGUCAAAAUGGCCAUUAAUUGACUCAUUGGCAGCGCUAUUUAUGCUAUAUUCUGCAUGCGCUGAGCUUAGACACUUGCUACUGGCAUGUGGUGUUAUGGGUUGGAUUAUUAAGUAUUUAAAUGCAACUGAGGGGAAUGUCAAAAGGUAUUAUGGCAGAACAUUGAUUAGAAUUUGUGCGACAAGUAACCCGAAACUUCUAAGUUAUAAAGACUCUCUGGAUUCAGUUUCGCACAUUGUGAAGUACCUGGAAGAUACCCAUGAAUUGUAUCAGUAUGAAGCAGCAUUGGCACUUACAAACAUUGCUUCUAUAAGUGCAGAUACUAGGGAUAGAUGUAUAAGUUGUAAUGCUUGGGAAAAGCUUGGGGAUCUACUGUUCAGCGACAAUGAGAUGUUAAAGGCCGCUGGCAUGGAGGGCUGGUCCAACCUCUGUUUGGAUGUCGGUGGGAAGAUACACCAAAUGUACUAUAGGAAGUUACGACGCAUAAUUUCACAAAAAAGUGAUAAGUUAUUUGAACUCAAUGUUAUGUUCGCCUUCAUAGCCGAUUAUAAAACUUCAAUGAGGAGUGCAUCGGCUGCAGCAAGCGCAGUUGCACUGCUUUCUAUGGAUUUACGAAUCGCAAGAAUGAUUACUCGAAUUAGCAAUUUUUCCAACCUAUUUGACGUAGCUAAGUCAGCUAAGGAUGUUGGGUUACUAGAGCGUAUAUUCACAACAUUCACCUGCAUAUUCCAACUAGACCCAGUAGACACUGUUGGAGAUCAUGAUUCAAAUUGUGACAGCGUAGAAGUCAAAGGAGAUAGUUAUAAUGAUAAAAAUGGUCCUACAAUAAUAGAAAUAGACGUGUCUAGCGUUCAAGAUGAAAUUAAGAAGGUCGCUAAAUCCAGAAAGUACCCCCAACAGUUAGAAUUAUUGGUGAAUAAAAUACUGAAUAGUAUUAAAUUUUGA